AUGCCGAAGGAACUGCCAGUGGACAUGCUAAACGACUCACUGAAAGAAAUCGUCUUCAGGAGAAAGAAUCAUGACAACUUUAAAAAGUUAGCCCGGCAGACACAUUUUACCUACAGAGAAGUAGAAACACUUGGACUGAUACACCGUAAAGUCCUGGAAGUGAUAGGGCCCAUGCACAGACUGACAUUUCGAGAUGUCGUUCACGCCGGAUUGGACUUUACCGAAAAUAAGCGACAUCUUUUAGUGGACAGAGUGUUUUCAGUAAUUGACAAGCAGAAUACUCUACACCUAACUUCGGAGCAAUGGACCGAUGGCCUCUCCGUCCUUCUGCGAGGAAACCUUGACGAGAGAAUACGCUUCGGAUAUAAAGUGUACGACCUCAUGAAAACCAACAAGUUGAGAAAGGAGCAAAUAUUUCCCAUGAUGAGAGGCUGUCUGAUCAAGCAGCAGCCCGACGAGGACCCAGAUGAAGGGACGAAGGACAUCAUCGAAUUGAUGUUAAAAAAAUUAGACGUCGAUCGAGACGGCAAAGUCUCGGAAACCGAUUACAGGACAGCAGUGGAAGAUCGGAAUUUGCUCUUUCUGGAGAGCAUGGGCCCGGUGUUCCCAUCUAGAGAGGCGCAACACGCCUUCCUUACAACGAUUACCACUCGCCCUGGACGAUUCUAA